AUGAAUAAAGAUGAUGUUAUAAAUUUCUUAUAUCCCACAUCUGAAGAAAAACCUAAAGAACCUGAUGUUUUCCCUGAAUAUUAUGAAGAACGGAUUAAAGAUGAUGAAUAUGAUGAAAUUGAAAGACUGGAAAAAAUAAGAGAUGAAAUAGAUGAAAAAAUUAAGGAAUUAAGAGAAGUUGAAAAAUAUAAUGAAAAUGAAGUAGAGGGUUUAAUGAAUAUCCCAGCUUCAGAAUCAGCAGUUCAAAAAUCUCAUGAAGAAAGAUAUAAAAAUUAUGUCUCAGAAUCAACACAAAAUUUAUUAGAUGGUGAAAU